UAUAGAUAAAGAGCGCACAACAACAUCAGCCAUGGGGAUUCCCCGUUGAUCAAAGGGGGUUUUCCACAUAGAGUUCCAGCACUGCUCUGAUCUGACACAAUAAUAUCUGACACUCACUCUGCUGGGAAAAACAAAUUAUGGAUACAUUGUACAUGAUUACAAAGCGUCGGAUAUGUACCAAUCGGAGAUGCAAUUUAUUGCGCAAUAUCACCCACGCAUCGCAUCGGGCCCAUGCAACAGAGCAGCCAGAUGCAGAGUACACUGUGGCAGAUCAGCAGCAGCUGCACUGCAGUUUAUUACCGCACUGCAGUUCAGCCAGGUUCAGCCUUCAAGGAGUUUCUACUACAGCUAGCUACAUUGAAGGCUACACUACAGAUUAGCUCCAUCUUUUCAGACUUUUUCACUCACUACUUCAAUUGAUUCAAGUCGAAACCAGUGGCAGUGAAGACGUAUGCUUGACUCACCUUGACUCUUAAGACAGUCGACUCGAUCAGGAAUGCGACAAUAUGGCUUCCGAUCAUCAUUCGGGUGAACACGAUGCCAUCGUGGUGCUUCGGAAGAACUCCCUGGAUGGGGUUCCUAUCAAAGAUGCAUGCAGAAAUGACAAGGGCAUCGUCUUGACAACCUUCAAAGGGAAAGUGUACCAGUGCAAUGGUGAUCCUUCAAUCGCUAGCAAACAGGAGAAUUAUGACAGGGUGGUAUUCCCAACAUCAGAACUGGAGGAUGACCCCAGCGUUGAUAUCGUGAAUGUCUGUUGCGGUCGUCAACAUUUUCUUGCUCUUUCUGCUGACGGUCAAGUGUACAGCUGGGGUUGGAAUGGUGAUGGGCAACUUGGUAUCCCAAAGAAGAAAGGAAAAUAUCUAGAGUGCCCCAAACCAAGGUUGAUCAAAAGUAUAUCGGAUGUUGGUGUCGUCCAGAUUGCCUGCGGAAAUGACCACUCUCUCGCGCUCACUCGAGAUGGACGGCUGUUUUCGUGGGGAUCUAACCGUCAUGGUCAACUAGGUGUGGGAAAGGGCAAUGCAAAGAGAGACAAACGCUUCGUGGAUAAACCGAUCGAGGUUGAAAACCUGUGGGGAGUGCCAUUGCAGCACAUUGCCGCCGGGGGCCAGCAUUCUGUUGUUCUUUCCGUCUCUGGAUCGGUCUACGUAUGGGGAUGGAAUGAACAUGGGCAGCUGGGAUUGCAGCAGUCAGACAGUACAUAUGUGAAACUGCCUGUCAAGUUGGAGUCCAUAUCUCAUGCUGAUGUUAAGACAAUUUCAUGUGGAAUGCAUCAUACUAGCUUCUUGAAACAGGAUGGACUGCUGAUGGUAUAUGGCAUGGGUGUCGACAAGGUCCCAUUUGAGUCUGAUGAAUGGAGAGAGUCUGAACUCAGACCUGACCAGUUUUCUCUUCAUGAAUUCUUUUCCAUUCAGUCAACUAGCCGAUGUACUUAUGCCUUUGAUGCCCAUGAUAUCUACAUGCUUGAUCACAGCAAAGCCCGGCAAGGUGACUCUUCUCAAAACUUACAGCUGGUUCCUCUGAAGCAAGCUUCAAUGAUUUAUAUGUUUGAAGCUGAAACAUCUCGUGGUUCAUAUGUCUUUGAUCCAAAAAUCUGGGGAUCAGCAAGACCUAAUGAGCUAAUGAAAGGUGUUCUGAGUGAGGAACAUAGAUUUCUGCAAGAGCAUGAAGAGGGUGUCUCAUACAGCCAUGCUGAUUCAGCUGAAAUAUCAAAGACUCUUCCAGAACUUGUCCACAGUACACCAGUCAACAACCACAUACAAGCCGGCAUGGAUGUUGCUUACCAAGAUCCUGUAGAGAAUGCUGUCAGCGACCUAACUGAUGCCAUGGCAGCAAUGUCAAUCACCAACCAUGACCGUCCGAACAAAAAAGCAGAAGAUGAACCAAGGGUAGAUGACGCUGAUCAGGAAAACCAGCAAAUGCCUCCAAGGAUCUUGCGACGACUGUGCCCUGGAAAGAACACCAUCUUUAUCAUAGAGCAGGAUGAACCAACGGGGGAAGAGCUUCGCCUAUCAAUGGCCCCUAGAAAGGGAAUCGCUACACUAUCUGCUGAGCUUCUGCAGAGUUUAGUGAACACAGAGGGAGAUAUCACAGAAGAGAUGGCCUCGUUCAAACGUACAAGAGCUGUGCUCUCAUCUCCUGCUUGCCUGAAUGCUUCCUUUCUUCCAACAAAACAAAAUGAAGUUGGUGUUGAUCUAACAGCAGCAAGAGAGGCUUUCAAGUUGAUAGACAGCGAUCACAGUCUCCUUGAAAAGCUCUCCAAAUCGAUUCCUAAUGAGUUCUUUAAAAGCCUCCCGAAGCCACAGCACCAUAAGGAAGUUCUUCGAUUCAUCUUGAUUCUCAUGGAAUGCCCCAUUUUCAGACAGCAUCACUAUCCCUGGGGACGCCGUCUCUUGGCUGCUAUGGGCAGGUUCAUGAUAUCUCUUCAUGAUGCAUCUGAAUGUGAAAUUCUUGCUUGUUGGUGGAAGUCCACACCGGCAUCAUUUCGUCAUACUGUCAAAGCUUACCGAAAAGCACUUACAUUCUUGAUUCAGAAACGGACUAGGGUCGAAGAUGAACCCAAAACUUUCCUGACCUAUCUGAAAGUCCUAGACAUCUUGAACAAGGUCAAUCUACAGCAUGAUAUUCUUUCCAUAAAGAGAUUUUACAUCCCAAAGAUUGACCAAGUUGAGUUUCAGCCAGGAGAAAGAACAUAUGGCCGAAAACACCCACUAUCAGACUUUAAGUGGCAGACGUAUCCAUUUCUCAUUGAUCUAGAGUUGAAAACAUCUAUUUUCAUCACCAACAACCUGGCUGAGAGACGGGAUAUCUUCCAGAACAACGUGGUAGGUUUCUUUCAAAGGAACUUUUGGGCAUACUUUGAAUGGCUACAUGGUUUGGGUCCUCUGCCACCCGACACCUCUAUGGUCAAUCUUACCAUUACAGUAGACCGGAAAGACAUCUUUGGGAAAAGUGUGCAGGAGCAGCUAGCUGAGAUGUUGAAUCUCUCGAUGCCUUUACUUCGACGACCUCUCAGAGUUGUCUUCGUGGGGGAAGCUGGUGUCGACUUUGGCGCACUGAGUAUGGAAUUUUUUCGGCUUGCUUUUAAAGAACUUCUGGAUCCAGACAAGGAGGACCUUGCAUUUGUCCGAUAUAUCAACAGCCUUGAAAAACACAACUCUUUUGUUUGGUUUCGGAAGGAAUGCAAGAAUUCCAAACUAGCAAAUAUUUGCGGUCUCCUCUUUGGACUUUCAUUGUACAACAAGGCAAUUGUUCCAUUACCUUUUCCACAACUGCUCUAUGCCAAGCUUCUGGGAAAAGGCCCAAAGACUGAGAUGGAGGAAUUGGCAGAGCUGGACAAGAAAUAUGCCAAAGAAAUGUGCGAAUUGCUGAGUGGAACUGAAGAGUAUGUGAAGGAAAGUUGCUUUGGUAUGGAGAUUGAAUUGGAGGAUGGCAGGAGCGUUGACGUCACCAAAGAAAAUGUACAUCGCUACGUGGACAAAGAGAUCAAAGACUACCUGGUUCCGUCACAAUUUGCAGCAUUCCAGAAAGGCUUCCAGAAAGUCUUCCAUCCAACUGCCUGUGAAAUGUUCAGACCAAUUGAACUAGAAACACUUGUCCUGGGAGAGAAACAUUUCGAUUGGAAAGCACUGGAGCAGUCAACAAAGUAUACAUUGCCAUACACAUCUUCUCACCCAACCAUUACAAUGUUCUGGACAGUGUUCCAUGAUCUGGAAGAUGGCUGGAAAAGGAAGUUUCUUGUAUAUGUGUCAGGGUCGGACCGUGUACCAAUCGGCGGACUGCAGAAUCUAGGCCUAAUCAUUGAGCAUCUUCCCGUACCUGAUGAUUGUUCCAGCUCUGAUACAGUUGAAGAUAGGCUCACCUUGCUGAUGCCUACGGGGCAUCCCUGUGAUGAUUUUGGGUUGAAGCGUACUUUACGACUGCCAGAGUAUACUAGACCUGAUGUUAUGAAAGAUCGCUUGACAGCUGCUUUUUCGCAAACAGACAUUGGAUUUCAUAUUGCUUAGAGUUGGAUGAUUUUAUUUUGGCCCCAUCUUACAAAGAGUUGCGAUUGAUCCGAUCAUUCAAAAGUAUGGAUGGCCACCAAUGCCAACAUCUAAAAUGCAAAUUUGUUCAAAGUAUUUUCUAGAUAUGAUGUAUGUAUAUUCAUACAUUCAUAUUUAUAAACAUAUUCAUAUUCAUAAACAUAUUCAUAUUCUAAACAUAUUGUUUAGAAGAUUCAGUGCAAUUCUCUUUGUUUACCAAGGACCUUGUACAAGUUUUUAGUAGAAGUAAAUAUGAUACGGAUGGAUUUCCAUACACUGUUAAAAAACCCUGAUUUUCCAGAAAAAAACAAGAUUUUGCAGGAAGCAAUAACA